AUGAAAAUUAAACUCUGCAUUGGUCAAUCAAUACUACACAUUAUUUCAAUAUAUGCUACUCAAGUGGGUUGCAAGGAAAAGGAAAAAGAUGACCUUAGACCUAUCCUUGAUGAAGCUAUAAUGAAAAUCCCUAAGGAUUGCCUGAUCAUAAUAGGUGGAGACUUAAAUGCGCACAUGAAAAAGCAAGAGACAAAAAGACAUCAUGGUGGUUUUGGAUAUGGAGAAAGAAAUGAUGAAGGAAAGCAUGUAUUGAAAUGUGCGCAAGCCUUCCUUGUUUUAACCUAUACUAUAAGAAAAAGGACAGUCAUUUAA